GAUCUCGAUGUGCGCGCUGAAGGGUAACGGGGGAAUACCUGAUACACUCCUACCAGAGCAGCACACACAACCAUGUCCGUGUCGCUGCGGUGCGGCCUUGCAGUAACGUGUGGUCAGAGGGUAAAGGCUGGGUCAUCCCGCGGUCUCGACUGUACAACACACAGCCAUCUUGGAUCUACGAGAGGGAGAGAAAUGAAUGCGGUGACAAACAGCAUGUUUAGUACUACUAGAAAGAAGUUUGUGGAGGAGGUUGAAAAUGACUACCCAGAUGAGAGCAUGUACUACAGCCAGGCAUCGAUGUUUCCACAUCGAUCAGAGAAAGACAUGCUGGCAUCUCCAUCUCCAUCAUCAGGUCAAUUGUCACAGCUUGGUGCAAGUUUAUACGGGCCACAAAGUGCACUAGGAUUCCCAAUAAGGGGGAUGAGCAACAACAACCCGCAGCUAAAUCGCAGCUUAUCACAAACCAAUCAGCUACCGAGUCAUGCCACACCCACAACAGGUGUUCCUACAAUGUCCCUUCAUACCCCACCCUCACCAAGUAGGGGAAUUUUGCCAAUGAAUACGAGGAACAUGAUGAAUCAUGCGCAGGUGGGACAGAGCAUGUCGGUGAGUGGAAGGACCAACAGCAUCAGCAGUUCGGGCCUGGGCAGUCCGAACCGCAGCUCACCCAGUAUUAUCUGCAUGCCCAAGCAGCAGCAGUCCAGGCCGCCGCUCACCAUCAACAGUAUGUCGGGGUUUGGAAUGGGCCGAAAUCCUGCUUUUGGGGUGAACAGUUCUUUAUCGAGCAACAUCUUCAAUGGAACAGAUGGGAGUGAAAAUGUGACUGGGCUGGACCUGUCAGAUUUCCCCGCGUUAGCGGACAGGAGUCGAAGGGAAGGAAGUGGAAAUCCAACACCUCUGCUAAACCCACUGGCUGGGAGAGCUCCAUAUGUUGGCAUGGUCACAAAACCAUCAAAUGAACAGUCCCAAGACUUCUCUAUCCACAACGAGGACUUCCCUGCGCUUCCUGGACCCAACUAUAAGGAUCCCACAUUGAGUAACGAUGACAGCAAAGCGAACUUUAACUCAUCAGGUAAAAAUAUAUCUAGCACAGAUGGGCCCAAAUUUCCUGGAGACAAGAGCUUAAUAUCUCAGAACAGUAACCAACAGAAGAAAGGAAUUCAUGUGCUGGCAGACGGCCGAGUGACUAACAUUCCGUCUGGGAUGGUGACAGACCAGUUUGGGAUGAUCGGCUUAUUAACAUUUAUUCGAGCAGCAGAGACAGACCCGGGCAUGGUGCACUUGGCGCUGGGCAGUGACCUGACAACGCUCGGCCUCAACUUAAACUCACCAGAAAACCUUUAUCCCAAGUUUGCCUCUCCCUGGGCGUCUGCACCUUGUCGGGCCCAAGACAUUGACUUCCAUGUUCCAUCGGAGUAUUUAACCAACAUUCACAUAAGGAAUAAGCUUGCUGCAAUAAAACUGUCACGAUAUGGAGAAGACCUUCUCUUCUACCUUUACUACAUGAAUGGUGGAGACCUGCUCCAGCUUUUAGCAGCAGUAGAGCUUUUCAAUCGGGACUGGAGGUACCAUAAAGAAGAGAGGGUGUGGAUCACACGAGCACCUGGCAUGGACCCCACACUAAAGACCAAUACCUAUGAAAGGGGGACAUACUACUUCUUUGAUUGUCUUAACUGGAGAAAAGUAGCCAAGAUUUAACUUCUUUAGUUUACAACUGGAACUGCUAGGCCAAUGCAGGAAGCAAACACUGAAAGUCUUCAGUCACCCAAAACUUCUCUCAACCUGCUCAAAGUGCAUCCAGGUCUCAUCAGGUUGUGCAGGCAAGUAGAUGUGAUUUAGAAUGUUAAUGAUUAGACAGUGUGAGUCAUUGUGAACGACAAAAACAAAAAAAAAACUUUUCCAUGUAGCCAAAAGAAGCCAUUUGGAACAACUGAAAUCACUCUUUCCUGAGACCAUUUGAAGUCAUUCUGCGCAAGAUGCCAAAGAUGAGGCCAAGGGAAUUUACAAUGCAAAUGCAGUGUAGGGUAAUAUAGGUAGAGAAGCUAAGCAAGUAUACAAUACAUCCAGUAACAAAUUUUCUAGACAAAUGAGCCUCAACUGUAUAUGUUUGAACCUGAAUAAACACCCGAAAAAUUGUGAAGUGGAUGCUAGACCCACCAGUGACUCCCCAGACCCACCUCUCAGCUACAUGUUGUAACAUGACAGUGAGAAAAGGUUCACUUGUUUGAAGUGUCAUCCUUAAAAUUGAUGUGAAACGAAGAUGAUAAUGUAGUUCCAAUUUUAGCUUAAUCGUGUAAAUAAGGUCUAUCCAUGCCAUUUUACUACAUUUUUUUUUAACAGGUUUGCAUAGCUUAUCAACAUAAUUCAAAGCGAACAUAUAAAGAUUUUGGCAUAUAUUUGUGGAAACAUUGUGUUUGUUGGGAGAGUUAGCUUAGGAGCUCGAGCUGUAAAUUAAAGGGUGAUCGACUUCAUUUGGGGUAAGUGAAAAAUAAUGCAAAUUUGAUUUUUAAUUCUCAGUCUAAGACACAAUAUUAGCUGUUUGCAUCUGAGUGUGCAUGUGAAAUUUACAAAGUAUACGAUACCAUGCAGUAUUGCAGAUGCACAUUCUACACAGCAGUUGUUUAAAUGUAGCUUGCGCAAAAAAUCAAAGAAAGAAAGAAAAAUAAUUUUUUUUAUUUAUUU